UUGGAUCACUCUGAAAGGACGCUGUAAGUCUUGGUGCCAUCUGAGGACAACCAUUGCACAUUUCAAACCGAAAUGGUAAACACAGAGUAGCACAACAGCUGUGGUUCCUUGUCGGUUAGCUUGGAUUACUCCAACACUGAAAACAUAUUCUUUCAUUUUUGCCAAGAAACACAACUGGAGUGCUUUGGUGUUGGAAUCAUCCCGUCGGUCUGUUUUGUCGAAUCUUCUGGCUGACCUGAGAAGCAGAUGUGAUUAUUGGCUGCUAGGGAUCGGACCGCCAUAACCCGGAUAUACACUUUUUCCACAGUUAAGGUUCAAAGGAAGAAACGUGUGUUGUCAGCGUUAAUGUGUCAUCCUGAUGGCAGCCGAGUCAUGUCCUCUAUCGGGAGCCGAACGGGCCGUGUGCAGGCUGGUGCACCAUGGCCCCCGACCUCAAGCCAUGCUUAAGCCUUUACAUGUGGAGUUACGGGUGUUUGUGGACAAAACACUUGGCAAACAGAAACACAGGAUGGAAGCCUCUUGUCUGGAGCUGGCGUUGGAAGGGGAGCGCCUGUGCAAGGCCGACGAUUUUAAAGGAGGAACGGCGUUUUUCGAGGCAGCUGUGCAAGUCGGCACGGAGGACCUGAAGACCCUCAGCGCCAUCUACAGCCAGUUAGGCAACGCCUACUUCUACCUGAAGGAAUAUGGGAAAGCCCUGGAAUACCACAAGCAUGACCUCACUCUGGCAAGGACCAUCGGGGAUAGAAUCGGAGAGGGGAAAGCCAGCGGUAACCUUGGCAACACCCUGAAAGUGCUGUGCCGCUUUGACGAGGCUGUUGUCUGUUGUCAAAGACAUUUGGAUAUCUCCCAAGAGCAAGGCGACAAGGUUGGGGAGGCGCGGGCACUUUACAAUAUCGGGAACGUGUUUCACGCUAAAGGCAAACAGCAGCUGUGGGGCUGCACCCAAGAGCCAGGAGACCUUCCCGCUGAUGUCAGUGAAACGCUGCAAAGGGCUACGAGCUUUUACGAGAUGAACUUAUGUUUGGUCAAGGAGCUUGGUGAUCGUGCUGCUCAGGGCAGAGCCUAUGGGAACCUGGGCAACACCCACUACCUUUUGGGAAACUUUGUGGAAGCCAUCAAGUUCCACAGGCAGCGACUAUCCAUAGCCAAGGAAUUUGGUGACAAAGCGGCAGAGCGGCGAGCCUACAGCAAUUUAGGGAAUGCCCUCAUAUUCCUGGGCCAGUUCAGCACUGCCACAGACUACUACAGGAAAACGCUGCAUCUAUCACGGCAGCUGCGGGACCAAGUGAUGGAAGCUCAGGCCUGCUACAGCCUGGGAAACACCUACACUCUGUUGCAGCAGUACGAGAGGGCCAUAGAGUAUCACCUGAAGCACCUGUACAUUGCUCAGGCUCUUACGGACAGGGUUGGAGAGGGCCGAGCCUGCUGGAGUCUGGGAAACGCUUAUGUGUCUCUAGGGAAUCACAAACAGGCUCUCCACUACGCCCGAAAACACCUGGAAAUCUCCAAAGAAAUUGGGGACAGGAAUGGGGAGCUAACGGCCAGGAUGAAUGUGGAGCAGCUGAUGGAGGCCUUGGGUGUCAGCGACGGUGACCUUUCACCUUCCAGUUCGGAGUUCGAGAUGCAAGGUGCCAGACCCAAAUUGACCAAGAGGAACAGCAUGGACAGCGUGGAGCUGUGGAAGCUGUCUUCAUACAAGGACGGCGAGGGCCAAGAGAUGGAAUGCACACCCAGGAGGCCCACAAGUCGGACGUCACAGCCUGGUAAAAGGAAAGGCUAUCCCGACAGUCAGUCAUCUGACGAAAGACAUUGGUUGGACUCUCCGGUGGACGCUGAUGACAUCACGGUGCAAGUCCCGCCUCCGGUGUCGAAACUGGGUCGUGACCCCUCCGAUGAGGACUGCUUCUUUGACCUGCUCAGCAAGUUCCAAAGCAGCCGCAUGGAUGACCAGCGUUGCCGUUUUGAUGACGCCCACAACGGCGAUGGCGAAGAAGGCGCUGCCCUGAGCGACAUGAUAGACCCUGCAGUUACCACCUCCCCUCAGACAGAGGAGCUGUUUGACUUGAUCGCCAGCUCUCAGAGUCGCCGCCUGGAUGACCAGCGCGUCAACGUGGGGAGCCUUCCGGGUCUCAGGAUCACACAGAACAACCUGGGCCACCUGGUCGGGGAGGGCGAUCAAGAGCCCAGCGACGACUUCUUCAACAUGCUCAUCAAGUGCCAGUCCUCCAGGAUCGAUGAUCAGCGGUGCUCCCCGCCAGAAGCGGGCCCCCAUGCUCCCACAGUGCCUGACGAAGACUUCUUCAGUCUCAUCCAGAGGGUGCAGGCCAAGCGUAUGGACGAGCAGCGCGUCCAGCUAGCGACAGACGAGCAGGACAGCCCGGAAGGCUCUCCCGACCCCGAGCCGCCCGGCGGUUUCCCCAGCUAGGACAGGGCAAAAGCGAGUUAACAGGAUGGCGAGCCGAGGCAGGCCCCUCUCUUGCAAAAAUGGUGGCGACAGGCGGCGAUGGCGUGCAAAAUUCCGCUCGUAAGUCCCGAGUAUGUGUACAUAGAACAGACAACACACGGCGCUUUGCACGGUCAUGAGGGGAUGAUCAUCUAAACGUAACAUCUGAUGCCUUACUCAGCAUUUUUCCUCCCCGGACUCGAGAUUGUAUUCGUAGAAGCACACCGACAAUAUAGUUUAGACAUUUUUAACUUUUACCACCGAUUUCAUUCUAGUUGCAGAAGUCAAUGAGUUGCACUGAAAUCUUGGGGGAAAAAAAGCAUUUUUAUACAGAAAUAAGUAACAUUUUCUUCAAUUAUUUAUGUGAAGUUAGUAUUUUUCCUUUAAAAAAAAAAAUCCAAGUAUAUGUGCUAAUACACAUGCCAAAUCCUUUAGGCAUAACAAAUGGUGAUUAUUGCUGCUUUAAGCAUUCGUACAAGCCUGGCGUCACUGAUGUUCAGUGGCAGUAUUAAGUUACAUAACGCUAUGCAGUGUUAAAAAGUAAUGCUCAGUCAAAAACUUGAAGCCACUCGUUAUAAUUCAUUCACGUAUAAAGAUGUUUGUGCGUGAUGAAGUCCCCUGAUAGGAAAACAGACAGCAAGAGGCUGCUUAGCAUAGCAGACGGGUGCCACAUUCUGCAGAGGAAACACUGCACCCUGGUGGCCACAGCCCUGUAUGACAUGGUGCAAUUUAAUGUAGUGGGAAUUUCUUUCCUCCCAACUACAUUAGUACAGACAAUAUUAGUAAUUAUAUAAUUAUCUUGCACUUAAAGUGUGACUAUUCCGCGAGCUGCAUUUUUUUUGGGUGAUUGCACAAUAAGAAUCACACAGAAGGGGGUUGGGGGGGCAGCAAAAGAGCAGAUUUUGAAGCUGUGAGUAAUGUGAACAUUUCUGCAUUUGUUAUAUGGUACGAAUAUGCUUCAAACUACAAGCAGGCGUCUUCAUCUUUUAGUUUGGAAACACAAAAUGUCACACAUACCUCAUUUUUGUACCUCAAAUGACUCAAAGCGACGCGUUGGGUAACAUUGGGAGCUGCACUUCUGUGAAUUAACCUUUUUAUUUUCAUGAAGGACCCGCUACGCUUCUGUUUGUCACUGCCCUCAUUUGUACAUAUUAUAUCAAUAUAUUUUGUAUUUAUGUUCCGUUUGGGGCAUGCAAUUGAGUCCCCCAUGCUUUUAAUAAAAAUGUUUAUUAGGUUUAUUAUGGCCAUGGCGUUAUUAUAGGUAGUUUACUCUAUUGCGAAAUGCUGACUCUAUUCUUGCAGACGGUGCAUUGAUUAGAUAGCGUUUGGCAAUGUUGGCCUUUGGAAAAUGGGAGACUCACAAGGAGCACAUCCGACUUAAAACCUGGAAUGUCAAACAUUAGUAUUUUACAUUUCAUGGUAAUACCUGUAAUGGUGGAGUCCCAUAACGUUAGUAUCUCUGAGUAGUACCCAGAGUAGACUUGCUAACCAAAUACUGACAAUAACCUUAGUAUCAGAGUAGAC